AUGACCCCCGGACCUCCCGAGUGCGCCGCGCCCUCCCUCCGGGGACCCCCGCCGCUCACCCGCCGCGGCUCAGACACCGGACACCGACACCGGACACCGGCCGCCCGCCGGGCUGCGGCGGAGGGGGCCCUGGGGGGCACCCCCCGACACCCUGUGUUCUGCCCCCGCUCUCUGUCCCCCGUCCCCUCCCCAGGCACCUACCCGUGCAGGGCCCUGCGCUCCCCUCCGAGGGGGACCGAAGCAGCACCACGUCCACUUGGGCCGCCAGAAGCUGUCGGGGAAGGAGGGGCGGGCGGGCCAGGCAGAGGCGCCGGCGAGCGGCACGGGCCGGCGGACAAACAGCCCGGCCGAGAUGUUGGCCAACAGUGUCCCUCAGCCCCGGCCCGCCCGCGCCGCCCCGCCCGCGGCCCGCAUGCCGGAGUGGCUGACUGGGCGCUCGCGGCCCCACCCGGGCACCUGGAGACGCUCCAGGGCCAGACGGCGGCGAGGCGGUGCGGCCUGCUGCGUCCCGCCGCGGCCCGGCCGGGCUGUCUGAGCGCCCGCCGCCCCGGGCCUCGGGUGGUCCGAGGCCGCGAGGCCACUGCCUGUCUGCAGUUUGGGAAGGCCUGUCGCGCCAUCUCGGGGCCCGCGGAGCUUAUUAAUAUCAGCGGCCCGGCCCCUUCACUUGAGAGCUCCAGCAGACACUCAGGCCCUUGUCAGUACAGGUGUGGCUUUGGAGGACAGGGCCUAGGAGGCAACGGGCUGGAAAGAUGGAGACUGAGAACAAGAGACCGAGGGAAAAAUGAAAAGAAAGGAAGGACUGGAGGAUGUCACUUGGCACAUGGACACACUUACAUCCUUCAGCACCACAUUGUCAAGCUGACAGGAUCCUCUCUGCUCAAGGGAGACUCCCAUAGGUCAUCAACUCUAGACACAGCUGUCUCGGCCUUCUCUACACCCCUCAUUCAGCAUGAAGCAGUUACAGAAGACAAGACCUUCUACCUUCCGCAAUCUUAAAGAUUUCAGGGUCAAAAUUGUUCAAGGGGAAUGUAAGGGCUGUUUUGGGGCAACCAGCUUGAACAAUGGGAAGCUGAGUAAGGUAGAAGGUCCCACGCUGACCUGGCUGAAUACCAACAGACCCAUCAGACAACCCACCUCAAAAUACACAUAAGGCCUAGCUGACCAAUGGGUUACUUACAUCUACCCCAAAAGGAAAAUUCCAUAUGUUCCCAUACCUCCUCAUACUCCCCUUUAACUAUAGUCCCCCCACCCCUGCCUCAUAGCAGGCAAUCUCUACCUCACUGGCUUGUCUAUCCCUCCCUUGCAGUGUAUUCAGUAAACUUCUAUCUCCUUGGU